UAAAACUUAGAAACCUCAGUGAGGCGUCGCAUGCGCAAGGACGCACUCGUUACCAUGUCAAGGAAGACGAGACCAGGAGAGGAUGUCGAGCUCAGUGAAGUGAAAGUGGAAACUAUGAGGAGCAAGAAACGAAGGGACCCUGACCAAGAAAUCUCUAUUAGUGACAAACCUGAUCUGAGAGUAACGAAAGCUUUAGACAAAUCCAAAAGCUAUGCAUAUGACAAUAAAGCUUAUAAUGGUAGUGUGACCAGUGUGAAUGUUGUGCGGUGCCACGGGAGCCACGACCCCCCCACAGGUGUUUACCGGGAGCAGUACUGGGCGUGCUCCAAGUGGUCGUGGCCGAAGAAGGCGGUGGCAAUAGGAGCUGGAGUGCUGCUCGGAGCCAGCAUUGUUCUGGUAACUGCCCUCCUACUUACCAUGAACGAACACGGCGAGGACACCUUCCCACAAAUGUUCCUGGCUUCAGCUCCCGACUAGUGAAGAGGAAGGAGAUCCAUUGUGGUUUACAGUUCACGAUAUUAAUCAUAAAGUGACUAUUUGAAAACUGUGAGUGUGUCGGUUUGAUGUGAAUUCCUUAUAAGUGUCAUAAGAGUGUCGAUGACCAGUUGGCUAGUGAGGCGUGAGGUCUAAUGAGGCCCUAUGAGAGGAACCCAUAGCUGUCAAAAAAUGCCAAAACAUAAAGACUGGGGUACUAGGGAUAAGAGCAAGAAGAGGAUAAACAUUUAUUCCACCAAGGAUGGGUCAGAGAGGUACAUUAAAUGUGACACCAGUUUCUCUAGUUUUAGGAAACAGAGAGUAAAGUUCCCUACGAAAAUGAGGAUCCUCCGUUGGGAUCUUCUAUCCAUGUUUAUUCGCAUGUAAACUUCACAUGUGCGAUGCAGGAUAUUUAUAACUUCGUCCAUUGAUUUGCUCGUCGAUAGUCUAUGUGCGACUUCUGUCAUCUGUCACUUGUCAGUGUGUCGCCACACAGUCAUGGUAUAAAGCCCCAAGUCAAAAAUGAAGAAACCUUCUAUUGGACAAGAGACCUUACGUCACAUUAGCACUUCCAGGAAGGCUGGAACUCUCACGUUGGUAUCUUGAAAUAGAUUUAAGUGAAUUGUGAUCUACGCCCUUGAAAUAAGUAUAAGACUGCAACAAUUUUUAAAUUUUUCGAACGAAAAUUUAAAGAAUUUUUAUUUUUAUAUGAUAAGCUAAACAAAUACACGCUACAGUGAUGUCGUUAGAUUAUUUUGAAGUUAUAAUAUUUAGGUUUUUUAUUAUUUGAGUAAAGACUAUUAACCUGAGUGUUCAUAAUCUCUCACGAGACAUUAGAAGCAGUGUGGUGGGUCUAUGUGCUACAUAAGCCGCUAAAUAUAAAGUAUAGAAGCUAA